AUGUAUUCAAGUUGCACUUAUCUUGUUAACUGUUUUGUGUCAGCUCACCCACUUGCAGAACGCGUCUUCCAAAGCUUUGUAGACAACAAAAGAGACGGACAGAGAUCGCUUGGGAUGAAUGACGCGGAGAUAAAGAUGCGUAUAAGCGAGCGCUUUGUGCAGAGCGGUGUGAAGGAUCAAGUAAAAGAGCUGCUGCGCGUUAAGCUUGUCGAUUGUGGCUGGCGUGACGAGAUGAAGCUGCACUGCAAAGAGGUAAUCCGUAAAAAAGGCAUUGACCACGUGACUGUGGAAGAUCUGGUUGAGGAGAUUACACUAAAAGCAAGAGCGCUAGUACCUGGAGACGUCAAAAAUGAAAUUUUGCAGAAGAUAACGAUGUUUGUUGAGCAAAGUUACAAAGCUAAAGACGUUAAAGAGCAGAUAGGUAGUAGCAUUGCCAACUGA